AUGAUCAACAUCGAGCAUGCAAUCAUCGAGAAGCGCAAUCUCCGCCUCACGGCAAACCCCAUCGAGCCAUUCCUCCUCGCUAUCCCAAUAGAACUGCAGCUGCACAUCAUCAGCUUCCUCGACUAUCCCUCCUCCCUGGCGCUAUCACAUGCCAAUAAGCAGCUUCACUCAAUGAUUCCCGUCGAGACCCCCAAAACAUCCACGCAAAAGAUGGCCUUUCUAACUGCCGUCGAGACAUGGCAACGAAAUACAGCAAGAUACGCCUGCAAAUACUGCCUCAAACUCCGCCCAAGCCACGCCUUCGCCGACAACCAAUUAAACGGGCGUCGCAGCAAAGGCGACGCAGAAUGCGAUCGGCGCGUCUGUCUAGACUGCGGCUUCCGCAAAGGCAUCUACCAGCCCGGCCAGCCGAUCGUCGUGAACGGGCGGCGCCAAAUUCUCUGCUCACUCUGUAACGAGCGCCGACGGUACGGUAUGUACUGUAUGCUUUGCUGGCGGUGCGAGAGCUGCUUCGCCAAGCAUAAUAUGCCUCGCACGCCGUACCAUACGAGUAUGGGGCAGUAUAUUCGCCAGCAUGGGUGUCCGCGGUGUUCGCAUCAUUUGGAGGAUUUGGGGGGUCCUGAGUCUGAGGCGCAGAUGACGUUUGAGGAGGUGCUGCUGCAUAUGAAGAUGGCGGGGUUGGAGAGGCAUGUUGAGGAGACGGUUAGUUUUUGGUAUGAGGAUUAUCGGUAG